GGUGCAGGUGGAGGAUCGCGCGCCUCCAGGUGCGGCCGCCGCUGCUGCUGCUCCGUCGGCUCGGCCGUCCCCACCAUGGAGCGCGAUCGGGGCCCGCGGGGCUCGGCGGUGGACCUGGGCUUCGGGGCGCUCAGCACCGCGCAGCUCCGCGCCCUCAUGCGGGACGAGACGUGGCUGGAGCGCAUCGUCAAGCUGAGCAGGAAGUUCCAGAACUUGCAGCUGGAACGGGAGAGGCGCCUGGCCUCCAACUACGCUUUGGCAAAGCAGAACCUGGCACUGCAACCACGGCUGGAGAACGGCAAGGCCUCCCUGGCCAUCAAGUAUCAGGAGCUGAGGGAACUGCGGGAGACAUGCCGGGACAAGCAGCAGCGUCUGGGGGCAUGUAUGGCCAAGUGGACCCCCGAGAACGCCGUGAGCAGGCUGCAAGCUGAGCUGGACGGCGUGGAGGCCAAGGUGGAGGAGCAGAUGGAGCAGUUUCUCUGCUGGGACCUCCCCGUGGAGACCUUUGUGGAGUCUUUCCAGCACGCCCGAAUGCUCUCCCACCUGCGCCGCACCCAGCUGGAGAAACUGCAGGGCGCCCUCAAACUGGAGAAACUGGAGAAGGCCAAGGACAAGCCCAGCCCCGGCAGCGAGGAGCCGCCCGCCGUCUCCCCUGCCCUCCCGGUGCCAGCGCCGCCUCCACCACCGCCUUCGGCCCAAGCCCCUCCGCCGGUGCCAAACGGGCCGCCCCCCAAGGUCUUCCAGCUGCGCUUGGCGCCGGCAUUCCUCAUCCCCUCGGAGGCCGUGCUCCCCAUCCCGGUGGGGACGGGCCCCCAAAAGUGCUGCCUGCCGGCCCUGGCCACCUCGCACCCUUCUGCUCCCUUCGUGAGCUCGCCCUUGAGCCUGAUUGGACACAUCCACCUGGCACAGGCCCACCUGCCUCCCCAGCAGAAGAAGAAGGAGCCUCCGCACCGGUAGCCGGCUGGAGCUGACGGACCGUUUUUACCGGAGCCUCCGUCACGAGACGAGACGGGCCAGGGUCCGGGGCGCGGCGCCGCCAGCACCACCACCCCCGACCUGCCGACCACUCUGCCCGCCCAGACUUGCCCGGAGCUGGGGCGUUGGGGUGGGGCAGGACUAUGGCAGCUACAGGGGGGGUGUCAUAUAUGAUUUAGACACUCGGCUCUGUCUCUGUCUCCCAUCUCUUGGGGCUGCCUGGCUGGCUGGGGCUAUCAAACGUUAUUGUAAGUAUAGGUGCCGGAGGGCCGGGGAGGGGGGCUGCCCUCCCCCAUCAUUUAGAAAUAAGGGAAAGUCUAUAUUUAGCUCCAUCCCUCUCCUUUCUUGU